UAUUUGACAAUGCUUAAAUAGUUUCAGAUCUUCGGUGUCGUGUUAGUCUAGUUAACGUGCUCAGAGUGUGUGUGUGUGUAUUGGCUUUUGUUUCGGUCUCCAGUUCCACAAUACAAAAAUGAAUAUCCCAACAUACAGAGCUAGAAAAAUUCUAAACAGCUUAGAUAAUACAAGGAAAAAAGAGGAUAAAGAAGAUGAAUAUGAAUAUGAAAGUAGUCCCGCUCCAUCGAUUUCUGGUGAUAUGUCGUUCCUCGAUUUCGAUUCCGAUGACUCGAUGAAGGAUCCCACAUUUAAACCAGAAGUUAAAGAUAAGCAAACGACAUUUUUCGAUCUUCAAAAAACUGAGGAUGUAUUGACAAUAGAGAAAAAUAAUGAAAAAGAGUUAGAAAAAAAGGAAGUUAAAAAGAAAGAAGAACAAAAUAACGCUGCAGUGGAAGAAAUUAUGAGAUCGGAUAUCGUUUCCACUGAUGAACAGCUAAAUGAAAAGUCCCCUAAAAUUGUUAUCCUGAGUAACAUUGAUGUGUCCAAUUUCAAUCAAAUAUCGGAGACUCAAACUAAAACAACAACGAAAAAAAAGAGAACAAAGUGUAAGUUUUGUCAGACAGAUGUAACAAAUUUUGAGAGGCAUCUUGAGCGGAACCACGAUGAUACUAAAGAGGUACAAGAUAUGAUGUCUUUUCCAAAAAGCCAUCCUGAAAGGAAAAAAAUUCUAAGUUUGUUGAGAAAUGCAGCAAAUUUUACAGAGUAUCUUAAAGGCAAUGUACAGCCUAAGUAUCAUUAUAAGACAGAAUCUAAAGAAUAUUACCCAUGUUCACGCUGCAAAGCAAUGCUGUCUAAAUCGUAUUUGUCACGUCAUAAAAAAACUGCAUACUGAAACACACGAAUAAUAAUGAAAUUCGUAAGAUGAAUUCACUAGCAGCAUCACAAACAUUAAUAGCUAGUUCUUUUGAUGAUAAUAGUAACUUGCACAAACUGAGAGUAAAAGAGGAAGUCUUUGACCGAAUGAAACCUGAUUAUAUCUCCUUGGUUGCGAAAUCCGACUACCUAAUUUAUAACUUUGGAGAAAACUAUCUCAAAAAACACAGAAGAGAAC